GAAUCUUUCGUCGGACGAAUCAUAAUAUUGAUCGAGUCAACUCCGAACUUGACCUUACUUGAGGAGCUCCACGCCUCACAAAAAAAGAGAGUGACAAGUUGCACUGUCAAAUCACUAGCAAUGGCGGACCGCAUCGGACCAGACCACGCACCGAAGCGGAGCUUUGGAGAGAAGUGUAGGCGUUUUGGAAAGGCUUGCACAACCAAGGAUGGGCUCAUUGGAACUUACGACUAUGCCUUCCUCUUCAAGCCUAACCUUCCGUUCAUGAAGAAGACCCGCCGUGCAGCACCUUUCUUCGGUCUUCACGAUCGUAUGCCCGUGUUUCUCGCUCUUCUCCUUGGGUUUCAACACGCACUUGCUAUGCUGGCUGGUGUCAUUACGCCUCCAAUCAUUCUGGCCAAUGCUGCUAACUUGACUGGAAAUCAGCAACGCUAUCUCGUGUCGACAUCGCUUAUUGUCUGCGGUAUCCUCUCUGCCAUCCAGAUCACCAGAUUCCACAUCUGGCGCACACCCUACUACGUCGGUACAGGCCUAAUCUCCGUCGUAGGAACCUCCUUCGCCACCAUCCCCGUCGCAACCGGCGCCCUCGGCCAAAUGUACGCCAACGGCAUGUGUCCCUCCGACGCCUCAGGCAACCCUCUCCCCUGCCCCAAUGGCUACGGCGCCAUCCUCGGCACCGGCGCCUGCUGCGCGCUCCUCGAAAUCGCAAUGUCCUUCACGUCCCCGCGGCUGCUGAAGAAGAUCUUCCCCCCGCUCGUCACUGGACCAACAGUGAUGCUCAUUGGCGUCAAGCUCAUCCUCACCGGCUUCCAGAACUGGGCCGGCGGCAGCAGCGGAUGCCAGACCCGUCCAACAUCCGGCAUCUACAGACUCUGUCCCACUAUCAACGCGCCCCGUGCUCUCCCCUGGGGAAGUGCGGAGUUUAUAGGUCUAGGCUUUAGCGUCUUCAUCACCAUCAUCAUCUGCGAGCGCUUCGGCGCACCGAUUAUGAAAUCUACCGCCGUCGUCAUCGGGCUGCUGGUCGGCUGCAUCAUCGCGGGCGCCACAGGGUACUUCGACCGCUCUGGCAUCGACGCCGCACCCGCCGCGAGCUUCAUCUGGGUCGAGACUUUCAAGCUCUCCGUCUAUGGGCCGAUUGUGCUCCCGCUGCUGGCGGUGUAUAUGGUGCUUGCGAUGGAGGCCAUCGGCGACAUCACAGCGACCUGCGACGUCAGCCGUCUCGCUGUGGAUGGCGAGCUCUUCGAUAGCAGGAUCCAGGGCGGCGUGCUGGCGGACGGACUCAACGGGGUUAUUGCUGCGCUGUGCACGAUAACGCCUAUGAGUACAUUUGCGCAGAACAACGGCGUUAUCGCACUGACCCGCUGCGCGAAUCGUAAGGCGGGAUAUGCGUGCUGUUUCUGGCUCAUCGUCAUGGGCGUGUUUGCCAAGUUCGCUGCUGCGCUCGUUGCUAUCCCCCCGGCUGUGUUGGGCGGUAUGACAACGUUCCUAUUCUCCGCUGUCGUGGUGAGCGGAAUCGCGAUUAUCGCGCGCACGCCCAUGACGCGCCGAAACCGCUUUAUCCUGACUGCGGGCUUCACGCUGGGCUUUGGCGCGACGAUGGUGCCGACUUGGUUCUCCUACGUGUUUACGUACAGCGGUCCGAACCGCGCGCUCGCAGGCUUCUACGACGCCAUCGAGCUCGUCUUGGAGACGGGUUUCGCGGUCGUCGCUUUCGUGAACGUCAUUCUCAACCUUAUCCUGCCCGAGGAGAUCGAGGACGACAUUCCGGAGUUUACCGCAGAGGAACAAGAAGAGCAGGCCGAGCGCGAGGAGUGGAACCGUGUGCAGAAGAUGAAUAAGGAGGCAAGAGCGAGCAGUGACAUCGCACCUGCUAGCAAGGAAGUGUAAAGGUGCUGUUGUAUAAGGAACUUAUAGAUAUGAUGGGAGCUUUAAAAGAGUCGAAAAGGUGUUGAGACGAUGACAAUUUAUGAGGCAUUUAUCUCGUAUCUGUUGAACCUAUCU